AUGUGUGGGGCAACAAUUAUUGACGAUUAUUGGGUUCUUACGGCUGCGCAUUGCGCCAGAGGAAUUCUGGACAAAGCUGUAGUUGUUUUGAGAAAACCUACUAGUAAUCGAGAGAUCAUUAUUACUGUAAAACAAGCUUUUGUUCACCCUGAAUAUAAUAAUAUAACUGCUGAAAAUGACAUUGCUAUUUUAAAGGUUUCAUUAACUUAUAAAGGAAUAAUACCAAUUUGCCUUCAAAAAAAUGACGAUAUCCUUUUGAAGAAGGACGAGGGAAUUGUUGUAGGAUUUGGAUUGUCUAUAAGGAAUGCAACGUCAUCAAUAUCAAUUUUGGAAUCGACACAAGCCCUUCAAAUUACAAAUGUGCCAUUAAUUUCGCAUAUAAACUGUCGAAAAACUUGGCAGGCAAUUUCUUUUGGAACUGUAAAGAUAUCAGACAGACAGAUUUGUGCAGGUUCGUUUAUGCACGGAACAGCACCGGGGGAUUCUGGUGGUCCUUUAAUCGUUCAAAAUGGAUUCGGUGAUUAUAUUCAAAUUGGGGUUACCUCGUUUGGUGCCGAUGGAUUGAGUGGAUUGAUUGAUCAAGGCGCUUAUCCAGGCGGUUAUUCGUAA